UAAACCCUCCCUCCCUCCUCUCCUCUCCUCUCUCUCUCUACCUCCUCCACCCAUGGCGCCCAAGCGUGCCUCCACGCGCAAGCGCGCCGCCUCCGCCUCCGCCGACCCCUCCUCCGCCAAGCGCACCCGCAGGCCCAAGGUCAAGGAGGAGGAGGAGCAGCUGCCGCCUCCCCAGCCCGUGGAGCUGCUGGAGGAUGACGCCUGCAAGGAGGAGCCCGAUGAGGAGGAGAUGGCCCUGGAGGAGGACGACGAGCAGCUGCUGCUGGACGACAAGGACGCCCCCGCCCCCGCCCGCCCCGCCAACAAGCGGGUCGCGCAGCCCAGCAGGGUCCGCCACAGCAGGGCCGACGGCGACCACGAGCCGGAGUUCAUCGGGGAGCCCUUCCCCGCCCACGAGGCCCGCGCCAAGUGGCCGCACCGCUACCAACGCAACGGCAACGCCGCCGCCAGGAGGCCUGAUGAGGAGGAGGAGCUCAAGGCGCGCUGCCACUACCGCUCCGCCAAGGUCGACGGCAUCGUCUACUGCCUCCACGACGACGUCUAUGUCAAGGCCGAGGAAGAUAAAGCUGAUUACAUCGGCAGGAUAACUGAGUUCUUUGAGGGGACUGAUCACUGCCGCUAUUUUACCUGUUGUUGGUUCUUCCGCGCGGAGGAUACAGUGAUCUCAUCGAUGAUGAUGGAGAAUGUUCAUGAUCAUAACCAUGAUCUCAAGCGUGUUUUCCUUUCUGAGGAAAAGAAUGAUAAUGUGCUUGACUGCAUCAUCUCAAAGGUUAAAAUCGUACAUAUUGAUCCAAAUAUGGAUCAUGAAGCCAAAUCUCAACGGGUGGCAGAUUGUGAUCUGUACUAUGACAUGUCAUACACUGUUGCUUAUUCAACAUUCGCUAAUAUCCCACCUGAAAAUGGAGCAUCGGGUAGUGACACUGCAUCAGGAAUUUCUUCUGAUGACAUGGAUUCGUCUAGAGGCAAAGUUGCCUCUGAUUCAGAGGCAUCAUCUUCAAUGGGAAAGGCUACACUGCUUGAUCUCUACUCUGGUUGUGGUGGUAUGUCUACUGGUCUUUGCUUGGGUGCAGCGCUUGCUGGCCUGAAUCUUGAAACGCGAUGGGCUGUUGAUUUCAAUAGUUUUGCAUGCGAGAGUCUCAAAUACAAUCACCCAAAAACUGAGGCCCGGAAUGAAAAAGCUGAUGAGUUUCUUGCUCUUCUUAAGGAAUGGGCUAAACUCUGUGAUGAACAUGUCAAGAAUAAUAUAUGUUCUGAUCCGGCUGGUUCCUCAGAGAAUGAGGAUGAUGAUGAUGAACCUCUUGAAAAAGAUGAAUUUGUUGUUGAAAAGCUAUCUGGAAUCUGCUACGGUGGCAGUGAUAGAGAAGAUGGCAUCUAUUUCAAGGUACAAUGGAAAGGCUAUGGCCGUGAAGAGGACACUUGGGAGCCUAUUGAGAACCUCAGUGCUUGCCCACUGAAAAUUAAAGAAUUUGUUCAAGAUGGAUACAGGCGAAAAAUCUUGCCUCUGCCAGGUGAUGUUGAUGUUAUCUGUGGUGGCCCACCAUGCCAAGGAAUUAGUGGGUUCAAUCGGUUCAGAAACCGCAACGAGCCACUAAAAGAUGAGAAAAACAAACAGAUGGUGACAUUUAUGGAUAUUGUUAAAUAUCUGAAGCCCAAGUAUGUCCUCAUGGAAAAUGUGGUGGACAUACUAAAGUUUGCUGAUGGCUACCUUGGAAGAUAUGCUCUGAGCCGCCUGGUGGCUAUGAACUACCAAGCACGACUUGGAAUGAUGGUUGCAGGCUGUUAUGGCCUUCCACAGUUCAGGAUGCGGGUGUUCCUAUGGGGAGCUCUCCCUACCAUGGUGCUCCCAAAGUAUCCACUUCCCACUCAUGACGUUGUUGUGCGUGGAGGUGCCCCAAAUGCUUUUUCUCAAAGUAUUGUUGCAUAUGAUGAAACACAGAAGCCAACACUGAAAAAGGCUCUACUUCUUGGUGAUGCAAUUUCUGAUUUGCCAGAGGUAAACAACAAUCAGCCUAAUGAAGUGAUGGAAUAUGGUUCUUCCCCAAAAACAGAAUUCCAGCGCUACAUCCGGCUAAGCCGUAGAGAAAUGCUGGACAAUUCUUUUGAAGGGAAUGCUGGUCCAGAUGUUGGCAUGCUUUUGGAUCACCAGCCCUUAAAGCUAAAUAAUGAUGAUCACGAGCGCGUGCAACAAAUCCCAGUAAAGAAGGGAGCCAACUUCAGGGACCUGAAAGGUGUCAAGGUUGGGGCUAACAACAUUGUGGAGUGGGAUCCAGAUAUCGAUCGUGUGUACCUGUCAUCUGGGAAACCUUUGGUUCCGGACUAUGCAAUGUCUUUCAUCAGAGGGAGAUCGUUAAAGCCAUUUGGGCGCUUGUGGUGGGAUGAGACUGUUCCUACCGUUGUGACCAGAGCAGAGCCACACAAUCAGAUAAUAUUGCACCCAACUCAGGCAAGAGUCCUGUCUGUCCGGGAGAAUGCAAGGUUGCAAGGAUUCCCAGACUACUACAAGAUGUUUGGUCCUAUAAAGGAGAAGUACAUUCAAGUUGGUAAUGCGGUGGCUGUCCCUGUUGCUCGUGCAUUGGGCUAUUCCCUUGGGCUUGCAUACCAGGGUGACUCGGAGGGGAGCAGCCCUCUGUUUAUCCUGCCUGAUAGCUUCACCGCAGUGGGGCGACAGUUAGCUCCAGCAAGAGCUUCUUCAGUCGGUAUUCCUGCUGGGGAGGUUGUUGAGCAAUAGAACUCAUGGGUAGAGUAGAUCAAUUCUUUGGUUUGGUUCGAUUCGAACCUGAUCUGGGAGCAUGUUAGUGUCAUGUGAUUAAUGUUAUGGGUGAUUGAUUUAAUGCUGUAAAACUGGUGGCACUCCCUACUAGAGUGCUUGUUGUACUUGUAGCAUGAUUCAAAACAUUCAUUCAUCACAUUCUAGAGUUUAUCUUGUACCUUUGUCCAGAUAGAUUCUGUGUGCAUUUCACUGCAGAGGCUGGAAGUAGAUUCUUCCAUCCCUGCUUGUUGCCCUCAAGUC